AUGCGAAUCUUUCCUCUUCUUCUCUCCUUCUCCUCCUCUCUCCUUCCCCUCACUCCUCUUCCUCUCUCUUCUCUCCUCUUCCUCUUUCUCCUCAUCCUCUCUCUUCUCUCCUUCUCCUCACUCCUCUUCCUCUCUCUUCUCUCCUCUUCCUCUCUCUUUGUCCUCAUCCUCUCUCCUUCUCCUCACUCCUCUUCCUCUCUCUUUCUCCUCAUCCGCUCUCUUCUCUCCAUCUCAUCACUCCUUUUCCUCUGUCUUAACUCCUCCUCUCUCUUCUAUCCUUCUCAUCACUCCUCUUCCUCUCUCUUCUCUCCUCUUCCUCUCUUUCUCCUCAUCCUCUCUCCUUCUCCUCACUCCUCUUCAUCUCUUCUCUCCUCCUCCUCGCUCAUUCUCCUCCCUCCAUCUUCUCUCUCCUUCUCCUCACUCCUUCUCUUUCUUUCCCAUCUCCUAUUUCCUUUUCCUAUCUGCUACUCCUCACUCUUUAUCCUCUCUCCUUCUCUUCCUCCUCCUCUCUCCUUCUCCUCUCUCUCCCCCUCUCAUUCCCUUUAUCUCCAUAUCUCAUUCUCCUCACUCCUCUUCCUCUCUUUUCUGUCCUCCUCCUCUCUCUUUAUCUUCCUACUUUCUCCUUCUCCUCCUCCUAUCUCCUUCUCCUCUCUCCUUCACCCCUCCUCUCUCCUUCUCCUCACUCCUUCUCCUCCACCCCUACUCUCUCCUUCUCCUCACUCUGCUCUGUUCCUCCUAUCUGCUCUUUUUUCUCCUCUUUUUCACUCCUUCACCGCCUCCUCUCUCCUUCACCUCCUCCUCUCUCCUUCACCUCCUCCUCUCUCCUUCUCUCUCCUUCACCUCCUCCUCUCUCCUUCACCUCCUUCUCCUAACUCUUCUCUGUUCCUCCUAUCGGCUCUUUUUUCUCCUCUUUCUCACUCCUUCACCUCCUCCUCUCUCCUUCACCUCCUUCUCCUCACUCUUCUCUUUUCCUCUUCUCUGCUCUUUUUUCUCCUCUUUCUCACUCCUUCACCUCCUCUCUUCUUCACUGCCUCCUCUCUCCUCCUCUCUCCUUCUCUUCACUCCUUCUCCUCCCCCCUACUCUCUCCUUCUCCUCACUCUGCUCUGUUCCUCCUAUCUGCUCUUUUUUCUCCUCUUUCUCACUCCUUCACCGCCUCCUCUCUCCUUCACCUCCUCCUCUCUCCUUCACCUCCUCCUCUCUCCUUCUCUCUCCUUCACCUCCUCCUCUCUCCUUCUCCUCUCUCCUUCUCCUCUCUCCUUCUCCUCUCUCCUUCUCCUCUCUCCUCUCUCCUUCUCCUCUCUCCUUCUCCUCCUCCUCUCUCCUUCUCCUCUCUCCUUCACCUCCUCCUUUCUCCUUCUCUCUCCUUCACCUCCUCCUCUCUCCUUCUCCUCUCUCCUUCACCGCCUCCUCUCUCCUUCUCCUCUCUCCUUCACCUCCUCCUCUCUCCUUCUCCUCUCUCCUUCACCUCCUCCUCUCUCCUUCUCUCUCCUUCACCUCCUCCUCUCUCCUUCUCCUCUCUCCUUCACCUCCUCCUCUCUCCUUCUCCUCUCUCCUUCACCUCCUCCUCUCUCCUUCUCCUCUCUCCUUCACUGCCUCCUCUUUCCUUCUCCUCUCUCCUUCACCGCCUCCUCUCUCCUUCUCCUCUCUCCUUCACCUCCUCCUCUCUCCUUCUCCUCUCUCCUUCACCUCCUCCUCUCUCCUUCUCUUCUCUCCUUCACCUCCUCCUCUCUCCUUCUCCUCUCUCCUUCACCGCCUCCUCUCUCCUUCUCCUCUCUCCUUCACCGCCUCCUCUCUCCUUCUCCUCUCUCCUUCACCGCCUCCUCUCUCCUUCUCCUCUCUCCUUCACCGCCUCCUCUCUCCUUCUCCUCUCUCCUUCACCUCCUCCUCUCUCCUUCUCCUCUCUCCUUCACCUCCUCCUCUAUCAGAGCAUGUCUUAG